UUGAUUAAUGAUUGAGUAGUCACUAAAUAUUUCAAGUAGACUGGUCUAUAAAGAUUGGGUCCAACUUCCAAAUGAUCUUGAUAUCUCACUUUAUCCAAAAUGUAGAGAGACCAUUUAUCUUUCCUUCACAUGCUACCAACUUUUUUUUUUUCUUCUUCUUUUUUUUCACAAGAAAAGACCAAAACACAAGAAAAGCACAAAUCCCACUUCCCAAGUUUCCUCCUUCCAAACAAACCAACAAACCUCUUCUUAUAAUUAGAUCACCACACAUCACUUGUAACAUCCACCCAAAACAAAAACAUUCUCUUCUCUCUCUCUCUUCAAAUUGUCUUGACUAAUUAAACAAAUACUACUAGCUAAUAGAUAUCAUGAGAAUAGGAAGCAGCUCUGUUCAUCAUCAGGGCCUGACGGCAGAGGCUGCCGCCAUUGUAAAAGCGGCAGUCAGCCUUGCUAAGAGGCGUGGCCACGCUCAGGUGACUCCUCUCCAUGUAGCCAGCGCCACCAUGGCCGACCCAACCGGCCUCCUUAAGGCCGCCUGUUUACGUUCACACUCACACCCACUUCAGUGCAAAGCUUUAGAGCUUUGUUUCAAUGUAGCCUUAAACAGGCUUCCAACUGGAUCCUCCAGCAGCCCUUUAUUUCUCGGGUCCAACCAUCGUCAAAAUCACCACCCUUCGUUUUCAAACGCUCUCGUGGCUGCUUUCAAGCGUGCGCAGUCUCACCAGCGCAGAGGAUCCAUAGAGAAUCAACAACAACCCAUCUUAGCCUUGAAGAUAGAGCUUGAACAGCUCGUAAUUUCCAUCUUGGAUGAUCCUAGCGUUAGUCGGGUCAUGAGGGAAGCUGGUUUUUCUAGUCCACAAGUGAAAAACAACGUUGAACAAGCUGUUUCAUUAGAACUCUGUUCUUCCCGUGUUGUUAAAACUGAACCGAAGGAGACGAUUAAACCUCUGUUUCAAUCCAGCGAUCAAGCUUGUGAGGACGACGUGAACGCUGUUCUUGAUUCCUUAAUGGGGUCGACGAAAAAGAGAAACACCGUCGUCGUGGGGGAGAAUUUGGGUAACGCCGAGUCCAUAAUGCGUGGGGUUAUCGCUAAAUUAGACAGAGGAGAUGUACGUUUUGUUAGCGUUCCUUUAUGGUCGUUAAGAAAUAUGAGUAUAGAAGAGGUACAACAGAGGAUCGGGGAGCUAAGAUGUUUGGUAAAUGGGUAUGAGGCAAGAUGGGUCGUGUUAUAUCUUGGUGAUCUGAAAUGGGUAUCUGAGUUUUGGUCAAAUUAUGGCGAGCAAAGCAGGAAUUACUAUUCUCCUGUUGAAUUCAUGAUUAUGGAGCUUAGCAGACUGUUAUGUGGAUUUGGGGAUAGAUCAGGAGGAAAGAAGCUUUGCUUAAUGGGUAUUGCAAAUUUGCAGACUUUCAUGAGAUGUAAAAGUGGUCAUCCUUCUUUAGAAACUCUUUGGCAACUUCAUCCUCUCACAGUUCCAGUAAUUGGCAACUUGGGAUUAAGUCUCAACCUUCAUCAUGAUCACACCAGUGACAUACAAAGCAAGGAAUUAAGGAAUGAUUCAAACUGGUUAAUAAUGAAAAUGGGAGAAGAGAAAAGGUUGAAAUGUUGCUCAGAUUGCAGGGAGAAUUUCAAAAGAGAAGCUUGGAGCAUUGAGAUUAGCAAUGCAUGCCAUAAUAAUGAAUCUACUACCACUUCCACUUGUUCAAGCUUGCCUUCAUGGCUUAAGAGUUAUCAGGAUGAUCAGAAUAAAAGGAUCACCACCAUUAAUUCAGAUAAGGAUUUUGACAAGCUAAAAGAUCUAAGCAAGAAAUGGAACUCAAUCUGCAGAUCAGUUCAUAAACAGCCUCAUUUUCUUGAAUCACCCCUUAUUUUCUCUUCAUCUUCUCCAAAUUCAUCCUCAAGUUCAGUCUCAUCCCACCACGAAAAUGAUCAAAGCAAGAAAAGGUUACAUGAAACCAUUUCAACAUGGCCACUGAUCUUCGGUCCUAAACCCGAAAACAAGCUCCUGCAGAAACCAGAUCUCUUGUCCAAUCCCAAUUCAAGCCCAAACUCUGCUUCCUGCAGCGAAGCAAAUGACAACGACGAUGAAGAUGAAGAUGAUGACGAUCGCCCACGUUCAUUCAAGGAAUUCAAUUCCGAAAACGUGAAAGCAUUAUCCAAGGCACUGGGAAAGAAGGUUCCCUGGCAUAAGGACAUUAUUCCAGAAAUCUCCACCACCCUGCUUCAGAUCCGAUCUGGAAUGGUUAAAAGAAAUAAUGGUCAAAAGGAAGAAUCUUGGUUUUCCUUUUUGGGCGUUGAUCAGAAAGGAAAAGAAACGAUUGCAAAGGAGCUAGCAAGGCUAGUCUUCGGCUCUUACAAUAACUUUGUCAAAAUUGGAACACUAAUAACCGGAUUUCCCACAACGAUAGCAGAUUCCAGCGAUGAAUACAACAAGAAGAAGAGAAUGAGGAUCGAUGAACCCGGUUCAAGCUAUCUGGAGAGGUUUGCAAAGGUAGUUAAAGAAAACCCGAGUUGCGUGUUUUUCAUGGAGGACUUGGAGCAAGUUGAUUACAAUUCUCAAGUGGGUAUUAAGAAAGCUAUUGAAAGUGGGAGAAUAACUGUCUCAGAUGGGGGAUUUGUUCCACUUAAGGAUGCCAUUGUUAUAUUCAGCUGUGACAGCUUUAGUUCCUUGUCUAGGGCAUGUUCUCCUGCAAUUGGUGAAAGUGAAGUGAAAUGCGACGAAGGAGAGAUUGGGGUUUGUGGACCAUUGGAUUUGAACAUUGUUGGAGAUGAAGAACAUGAUGAUCAGUUAGUGAUCAGUAGCAUUAAUGGAUUGAUCAUGGACUCCAUUGAUAGGCAAAUUAUCUUCAAGAUUCAAGUUUUGUGAACUUAAGUGUCUGUGUGUGUGCAUGGGAUCUUGAUAAUGAUCUUUUGGGUUAGUUUUUGUUUUUAUUUUCUUUCUUGGUUUGUUGAAUGUUUUUUCUUUUCUUUAGAAACUGUGGGGAUGGCAAAAAAAAAUCUGAUAUAUGAUAGUAGCUCUGAUUUCCUAGUAUAUUUCCUAAGUAUAUGUAAAUCUAAUUACUAAAUAUUGAACUUUCUAACUUUGUAUUA